AGCACAGACCCAGGGGGGCUGGAUGGCAGUGGGUUGAGGGUCCAGCGUCCUCUGCCUGCCCGCCUGCCUUUGUGCGGCGGAGACCCGCAGGCUCUCCCCAAACGCGCCAGGUCGCGACCCUGAGAGGCUGCGGCGUCCGGUCUGCGGUUGCUGGUGUGGAGCCUCGGAGCUGGCCUCCGGUGCCGCCCCCUGUGUUUUAAAUGAUGCAUCUCCUGGGAGAAUUUCUACCGGUUGGCCGGAGCAGGAAGUGUCGUCAGGAGGCCAUUUUUAAAGCCUCGGAGGGCCGGUGGAGCAGCGCUCGCUGACUGCCCAGCGUCCUGAGUGUGGAAGGCAGGUCCUGGAGCAGAGGCUGCACGGGCCUGGGUGCCUGAGAAGACCAGGAGGAGCCCCUGCGACCUGCUUCUGACUCACAUCUGCAGCUUGUCAGCUCCAGGCCAGAAGUUAGAGCCCCCGGGCACAGCAGCACCUGUGACGGCGGUUCUCAGCCUCACUCAGCGCGAGUGGAACACAAAGGAUUUAGAUUAGACACCAGCUGACCGACUCCCUGACCUUAGGAAGGCCAAGCAGCUUCUCCAGAUCUGUUUUCUUAGGAGAAGCAGGUGGUCAAAGGUGAACCUGGAGGAGUGUUGAGGGUUGCAUGGAACAUCAGGCUCGGACACGGCCAUGUUUCGGGACCCUGCGCCUGUGUGGCGGUGUUUAAAAACAGAUGACUAAGGAUGCUUCCGGGAAGAAACUGCACGUCCGCCGGCCACCGUUUGCUGAAGGCUGCCUCGGAAGGAUUCUAUCAUGCCAAGUCUUUCUGGAUCCCAGUGGACUCUGUUAGGAAAUGCAAAUAAAGAAGAUGAAGGAUAUUGGACAGCAGCUGUUCAGUUCACAAGUGAAUGACGGACACAGUUCUUUGACCAUGUCGCCCAGACAGCCUAACGCUAAUAGAGCCACUCGGCCAGACAGACAGGAAGCCCAGUCGCCUCUGUACCAGGGCUCAGAGGCGGAGGCCACCCUGCUGGCCACCGCCACGUGUGCCAAGUGCAAGAGCGUUCACCAGAUCCCUCCCCAGGAUCUGAGGAAGGGGCCCGGGCAGGGCCAGAAGGAAGACAGAUACGUGUGCUUCCAGUGCAGCCUUGGGGUGGCUUCGCCCCACCUGCCUUUUGGGAGCAGUAAUCCCAGUGCUGCUCACGUCGGAAAUAAAGCGGAAACCAUCGCAAGCCCCAGCAAUAACAAGUUCAAGGUAAGGAACUUUAAACCAGGCAAGUACUAUUGUGAUAAAUGUCGCUUUUCCACGAAGGAUCCUCUGCAGUACAGGAAGCACACACUUCAACACGAAGAGAUCAAGUUCAUUUGCUCUCACUGCAGCCACAUCUCCUACACGAAGGGGGAGUUUCAGAGGCACCUGGUGAAACACACGGGCAUCUUCCCUUACCGGUGUGAGUACUGCGACUACGGUGCUAUCCGGAACGACUACAUCGUCAAGCACAGGAAGAGGGUUCACGAGAAGGCUGGCGGGAAACGGCCACCCAAAGUUGUCACCAAGCCGGAGCCGAAGAGGUCCAGCGCGUCGAAACAAAGUGCAGAGCUUUCAAAAGCCUCCGAUCCAGGCUCCACACUACAGAGCAAGCUGUCGGAUCAACUUUCGAGGUUCUCCCUACAGACUAACAAAGACAAGAUGCACAACAUCACGUUGGUGCCCGAACUGAAGGAGUUCCAGAAAGACGUGGUGUGUGUCCCCAACAAGGGGCCCCGGCCGGAGCCCAGCGCAGCCAGUGUGCUCGAGAACAGAAGCGUGGAGGUGGAAGUGCUGUCCCCGGCCACAGAGCCCGUUCAGCCCGGGAUGCCGCUGACCGUGGUGGCGCCCGCGGAGCUCGUCGUCCCUGCAAACUGUUUAGCCCAGCUGAUAGAUGUGAAGGUUGUCAAUGGAACACAGCAGCUUGUUCUGAAACUGUUUCCCCUGGAAGAAAAUAAUCGCCUGGAGGCUCGCGGGGGUGACAGAGGUCAUCCUGGGCGUGUGGGUAAAGAGAAGGGUUCGAACGGACGAGAAAAAACGGCUUCUGCAGAGCAAACCAAGUCCCUGACGAUCGAAGGGAAUGUUGGAGACCUCGGAGGCCUGGAUAACCUUCGGUCGGUUCAGAAGCAAGUGAAAAAUGUGAAAUGGAUAAGGUCCUACGAUAUGUUCAUGUCCAAUUCCAGCGUGUACAGCUGUGCGGAAUCCCUUCUCAGCUCGGCUAGGGCUGAGGACGUGCAGAAGAGAAGUCCUGUGUAUCCCCACAGAACCGCCCUUCCCCCCGCCGCCCUGAAAGAUCACUCUUCAUUAUCCAUAGUGAAAAACAGUGUUCUCCGUAGUCUUGGCACUGCAUCACAUCCUUUCCCAUACAAAGCUGCUGUUCCCUUCACGGACGGCAGGAAGCGUUUGCACGGCGACCCGCAGCAGUGUUUUCCUCUCACGGCAUCACCUACCACCAUCUCCUUCUCUGGAGAAAAGGGCUUUUUGCCCAUAAGUAAGAAUGACUUGGAAUCCAGAAGUGAGAUCAGUAUUCCUGUAAGGAUGCUUCCGUCUGCCAGGAAGCUGAAAGACAGCCAGACAGAGGAAUACAAAGCAGUUUCAAAUACAGGCGAGAUUUCCUCUCAAUAUAGAAGUGAGUAUUUACACAUCAACAUUACGGGGGAAGAUAGGACCAGGCCUCAGCAGCCUGGGGAGGAGCCUUUGGCAUUGAAGAAUUCUGAAAGGACUAACGACCCUUUCGAUGGCCCGGUCAUCUCAUCGGUCUUUUCUCUGAGCUCUGGAGCUGAAGAUGUCCCGGAGAGCGUUAAGUGGAAUAGUUCAACUUCCAAAAUAAAGUCAAUUGAACUCUUGCGCAGAAAGAUCGCUCAGUUAAUUGAAUCCUGUGGCAAGCCUUCGUCCCUGGCUGCGAGUAACGCACAACGUCGUUCUGUAGGGCAGGCAUCAAAGGGAGCUUCGAGAGCUACCCCGGAAGAAAUUAGUGUGCCAUUUACUGGCAGUGGCUAUUCCACAGGUACUUUCUCAAAACCUCAGGAUGAUGGUGGCAUUAGUGGUCGGCAGAUAUAUCCCCCAUUUGUAGAAGGCAACAAUGGGAAAACCGAAAACCGAAUGACCAGGAAGGCUCCUGCUGCUACUCCGGUGUUGAUCCCCAAGGGGGCAGUGUUGAGGGUUCUCAACUCCUCCAAGGAUGCCCACAUUAUAGAGGCUACGUGUGAAGCACCUGUCAGUAUCCCUUGCAGUGAGACCCAGUUAAUAAAACCCAUUCCACGCUGCCCAGUGAAACCGACAGACUCGGACUUACAGGCUUCGACAAGCGAGAGCAGGCCAGUAGGCAUGUCCUAUAACCUUGACACAUCCCUUCGGCCUAAACCAAGAAAAGAGAGUGCUGCCCAUAGCACCACCCUGAGAAAAACUGGCUCCCUGCUCAGUCAGCACGGAAGCAGUGAGUUAAGUAAGCACGGGAAAGCGAUUUCCAGACGUCUUCCAAUAAAUAAAAGUAAAGCCAAGCAUGCCAAUCCCUCCAGGAAGAGAAGCAGAAUUCAGGCUGAUCCCAGCCACUGUCUCAAGGAGCCUUCGAUUUUUCAGGUUGCAAGACAGCUUCGACUGGUAGCAGCUAAACCAGACCAGCUGAUUAAAUGCCCCCGUCGGAACCAGCCCGUCAUUGUGCUAAACCACCCUGAUGUCGACUCACCGGAAGUGACCAACGUGAUGAAGGUAAUCAACAAGUACAAAGGCAACGUCCUCAAAGUCGUCCUGUCGGAGAGGACCAGGUGUCAGCUGGGCAUCAGACGGCACCACGUUCGGCUGACCUACCAGAACGUGGAGGAGGCCAACCAGAUAAAGAGGCAAAUGAUGCUGAAAAUGAAACUGAAAAAAGUCCACAAGAACAACUACCAGGUGGUGGACUCCUUGCCCGAUGACUCGCAGUGCACGUUCAAGUGCUGGUUCUGUGGGCGGCUCUACGAGGACCAGGAGGAGUGGAUGAGUCACGGCCAGCGGCACUUGAUAGAAGCAACUAGAGAUUGGGAUGUUCUUUACUCCAAGGGCAAAUAAGGGAAAAACUGGUGUUCAAAGCAAACUGUUUUUCUUUUUAGUUUAUUCUGGUUAGGGUUGGGUGUUGUUUUGUUUUGUUGUUUUUUUUUUUUCUCCCGUCUUUGACUCAGUAGGAGAAAUACAGGUUGUGGGAAUGUGAGCAUCAGCAGUCCUUCAGAUCCCUUGUGGGGUGUUGAGAACCAGAAGUCGGGCUCAACCGGAUGUGUGACCGGAACUUGGAAGGUAUUUGAAGCCUCUGCGAGUGUACGCACAAUUUACGGACAUACUUUGUUUCUGGAGAGAAGGGAAACUUGCAGCAGGUUUCAGUGGGAUCUGAGAUUUCUUUGUGUAGCACCCUUUUCCUGAGUAGAUUCAAAGCUCUUGUGACCCAUUCAGGACUGAAUUGAGAGUGUUUUACAUGUGCCCAUUUAACAGAAUGCUACUGAUGAAUUAAACCCGUGUCUGGUGUGCACACACACCACACACUUUUUUUUUUUUUUUUUGCCGUAACUUGUCUCCUGAAUAUUUGGUACCUAAGAGAAAUUGUAUUUUCUACAGUUGUUUUUUAAAUUUGGUGACAGAAAAGUGGCCAUUUUUUUUAAAUCCCUCACCCCCUCUAGGACCCUUAAUAAGUGUUCUUUAUAGCACAGAGAAUUGUGCAUUUUCAGAAAAUGUUUGAGAAUGAUUGUAAGGGUUUGCCUGAAUUUGCUACUUUAACAGCAGGUGUUAGGGAAGAAAGAAAACAUUUUCAAGCCUUUGUUUUUUGGGGUUUUUUUUUAAGUACAAUUUUUCAAUUUAUGACAACUGGGGAGGGAACGUGCCUUUUUGAAAAACAGAAAAGGUCACAGAGGAAAAAUAUUUGAAGUUAAGUCUCCUUCCUGUUUGCCCUUAGCCCUCUCAUAAAAGUAGCCAAUUAAAAAUGUGAAUGACCAGGCUUCUUACAACACAGAUGAAACCUGGGAAGGCAACUCAAGGUCGGCCUGCGGAGACCGUUUGGCUUCAGCACGGCAGACGGCAGAACUGUCCUUUGGAGACCCGUCCACAGACAGGGGUGAAGACUGCAUGCAGGCUGGCGCUGCUGGCUCAUGGACGCUGCCCCCAGACUGCGCCGCCUUUCUGAACGGGCCCACCUGUGGGGUAGCAUCACUCCCCUCUCCCCUCCCGUCCCCUUCCCUUGUGCCUUUGAGGCCCAUAAAGCUUUUCCCUUGGGAAGAUACAAAAAACUGUCAGGAAUCCACUAAAUGGAAGCGUGCCACCACCUUUGCUACACUUACAGGAACACUGUCCCGGGUUUUCAUCGACGACAGUCCCCUUCUAGUUGACCUUAGCUGCAGUCACACUGUCCCCAUUGCUCACUUUCCUAGGAGGCCACUCCAAGAACAUUCCUGCUCCCUCUCUCCCGUCAGAUGUCCGGACCCGUGCUGAGCGGCACGCACAGCACCUUCGUGUGCGCCGAGAAAAGCCCGCCCUCUGCACUGUGGGGCCUCUGGGGCAGACAGUUGGCAGGGGGCUUGGACUGCAGCUCAGCCCUCCCCUGCCCACGCAGCAGGGCUCCGGCCGCCCUGCAGAACAGCAGUGGCUGAGUGCUUCUCACUGCAGGCGCCUCUGUCAGGGCUGGGCUGGCGUAGUGAGCACAGCUGGGGACUCACAUCUGAGCAGCGUUUGUGUUGCGUCGGGGAGUCAGAGACGCGCUGUGUUUUCCCCCGAUGUGGGACAGUCUUCGAUUGCCCUCUGGUAGGGGGGAUUGCAGUUGUCCUUGGUGGUCGUUUCUCAUUACAGGCAGUUAGCGUGUCUCGUGUGAUUCAGGACAUAAUCAUUGAGUUGGUUGCUUUUUUUUGUUGAAAUUGAAAUUUGGAUUUUUAUAUGUGUAUAUAUGUGUAUGUACACAUAUCAAUAUUUUUUACCAUAUGAAAACUAGUAGCUAAUUUUCUGAUUUCCUAUUUUAUAAUGAAAUUAGAUGGGUUAGAAAAUAUAAAACGUUUUGUAUUCUAGAAAUAAUUUAUUUUGGAAGUACCUUUUUAUAAUAGUCUGGUCUCACUUUUAGAAAACGAAAGCACAGUGAGUGUGGGUCUGAUCCGUAGGAACUACCGGGAGCGGACACCCCGCCGACCCGGCCCUGGCAGUAUUCAGUCCCUGGCGUUUCCAGUCGGUGCUCUUCGGGAGACGGAGCUGUGGGCGACUCCACUACACACAGGAGGCCAUUCCGCACCCCUCCGGCGUGAGGGGGGCCUCCAGAGAUAGUGCAAGGAGGAGAAGAAAAGGCCGUGACUUAUCUUUCCCCUCCUAUACCUCACUACUUAACUAGCAUCUCUCCUGAAAGCUUCCGCCACGGCCCGUCAGGAGAGAGGACCGCGACAGGUCCGAGUGUUCAUUGGCAGCAUGAGAUACUCCCACUUGGCAGCAUCCACUCUUUUUCAAGUAUUACCUAACCUAACGCAGUCAGUGUACUUGUACAGAGCUAACUUGUGUGGGGCGGAUGUGUAGCUCAGCUUUGGGGGGAUUCCGAGCUCCAGUGCUCGUUGUUAAGGAACUAAGAGGGCUCCUGGGAGGCGUGACAAGUGAGAGCAGACAGUGGCCAGCUUCCCCGGGAACAGACGAUGGGGAGCGGCUUGUUAACGUGCAGGUGAGCGUCCUGCAGUGAGCCACGGGGGCAGCGGCGGCGCUGACCGUCCGAGAAGGCAGCAGAACUGUGUUGAGUAUUUGUGUGCUUGUCGCCAUGAUUGUGAAGGACCUGUGUUCACUAAAUUGUAUUAAUUGCACUUACUAAUGAGAACAUGUUACGCUUAUUUUUUUAAAGUCGAUUUUCUUUUCAGGAGCAGAAAUGAGAUGCCCUUGUUAUAUUUAUGACAUGACAGAGAGUGAAGGUUUAAAAAAAUAACGAGUAGGUUAUACUUCACUCACCUUUUGACCCCCAGCCCCAAACAGUGUUGUGAAGCCCCCUGCUGAGCCGAGUGCUGUGGAACCAAACUGGUGUGUGAGCCCCGCAAGCCCCGCCCCCUCGCUCCGGGACCUGCUGUCAAAGCCGCCCGCCCGGAGAGUGAGCGAGUGAUGCCGCUCGGUCUUUCAGAUACUGUUUGAAUCUGUCCAUGUCAACGUGAGCAAAAAAUAAAACAUUUCAUAACCCGUUCUAACCGUUAUUAGAGGUCCUGUGUUAACAGUUUGUGUGCCUGCUGCUCUGUUUUUGAAACACAUUUAUAUAGAGAAGUUGGAGUACAUUUUGUUAAAUAAAGCGACUGUAAAAUGGUC